GAUUGAAACUAUAAUUAAUUAUGAUAAUGAAAAUAAUCAAGAAAUUACCAGUAAUUGUGAAGAAAUAGAUAACAAAGAUAAAAAAAUAGAGAAUAUGAUUUAUAAAAAAGGAAUUGGCGAAGGAAUUGAAGAAAUGAUCAAACAAAUUUAUUUAUCUGAUAUUGAUAUUGAUAAUAAUAAUUCAUUAAUGUUAAAUUUAGAUGAUGAUGACAAUAUAUUAUGGAAUCAAGAUACAAGAAAUUAA